UCGUUCCCAGUGACCGCGCUACGGGUCGGCUAGAGGGACUAGAACACCGUCGGGAAGUUUGAGUGUAAAAUAAGCACAAAUUCGUACAUUUAUUUUUCGGUUUCAGACAAUAAUCAACUCUUGAUAACCACAGCAUCAUAAGCACGGAGCAAUUUGGUUUCAGAUAUCUUUAAUUUGGGAUUGCAACAGGAGGUCCUCUUCUCUUUGUCCCUCCCUAUCAAGUUUCGAGCAUGGCGGCGGUGCUAGUGAAUGAGCUACUGCUGCGCUGGCUGAGGAGGAACCUGAAAAAGCAAUGGUCUUGUGCACGAACAUGUGUAAGGAAUGCUGCAACAGGCUGUUGCAGAAUAGAGAAAGUCCUCAUUGCAAAUCGAGGCGAGAUUGCCUGCAGGGUCAUGAGGACAGCGAAGAAGAUGGGUGUGCGUUCUGUGGCGGUUUACAGUGAAGCGGACAAAAAUUCCAUGCACGUCUCAAUGGCUGAUGAAGCAUACCAUAUAGGUCCUGCAGCAUCACAGCAGAGCUAUCUAAAUAUGGAAAAGAUCAUCCAAGUCGCCAAGCUAACAGAAGCACAGGCCAUCCACCCAGGCUACGGAUUCCUUUCAGAAAACACAGAGUUUGCAGAAUGGUGUAAAAAAGAAGGCAUCAUUUUUAUUGGCCCUCCUUCCACAGCUAUUAGAGACAUGGGAAUCAAGAGUACAUCAAAGGCCAUAAUGUCAGCUGCAGGAGUGCCUAUAGUUGAAGGUUAUCAUGGUGAUAAUCAAUCGGAUCAACAGUUAAUGGAAGAGGCCAGUCGUAUUGGCUACCCUGUGAUGAUAAAAGCAGUCCGGGGAGGAGGUGGCAAGGGUAUGCGCAUUGCUCAGACAAAGGCUGAAUUCCUUGAGCAACUGGAAUCUGCACGAAGAGAAGCACAGAAAUCCUUCAACGAUGAUAUUAUGUUGCUAGAAAAGUUUGUAGAAAAUCCAAGACACGUAGAAGUACAGGUGUUUGGGGACCAGUACGGCAACGCUGUUUAUUUGUUUGAAAGAGACUGCAGUGUACAAAGGAGGCAUCAAAAAAUCAUUGAAGAAGCACCUGGGCCUGGAAUUAGUCCUGAAGUGAGGAGAAGACUUGGUGAAGCUGCAGUCCAGGCAGCUAAAGCUGUUAAUUACGUUGGAGCUGGGACAGUGGAAUUCAUUAUGGAUUCUCAGCAUAAUUUUUAUUUCAUGGAGAUGAACACGAGACUACAGGUGGAGCAUCCGGUCACUGAGAUGAUAACAGGAACUGACCUUGUUGAAUGGCAGCUCCGGGUUGCUGCUGGUGAAAAGCUUCCUAUGUCACAGGAAGAACUCUCUGUCAGAGGUCAUUCAUUUGAAGCAAGAAUCUAUGCUGAAGAUCCAAACAACAACUUCAUGCCAGGAGCAGGCCCUUUGCUGCAUCUGUCCACACCUGUACCAGAUGCUUUUACAAGAAUUGAGACUGGAGUCCGACAAGGUGAUGAGGUUUCUGUGCAUUAUGAUCCAAUGAUUGCUAAACUGGUGGUUUGGGGACAUGACCGCACAGCAGCACUACAUAAAUUAAAGUAUUGUUUGCGUCAGUACAACAUCGUGGGCUUAAACACAAAUAUAGAUUUCUUGUUCAACCUGGCUGCUCAUCCGGAAUUUGAGGCGGGAAAUGUACACACAAAUUUUAUCCCUCAACAUUAUGAUGGACUGUUCCCAGCAAAGGGAGCUACAAGUAAAACUGCUCUCUGUCAAGCAACACUUGCUCUAAUACUACAAGAAAGGAUUCAAACAAAUACUUUCAGAGCACUUUCACAUGAUCCGUUUUCACCAUUUGCACACAGCAGUGGAAGAAGGUUAAAUAUUGUGCACAGACGAAAUCUUACAUUGCUUGAAGAACAGAACAAGAUGAAUAUUGAAGUUGCAUAUAACAAUGAUGGGACUUAUAGUAUUCAGAUUGAUGGACAGGUUUUCCAUGUAUUUGGGAAACUUAACACAGAGGAAGUUGCCACAUAUUUGGAGUCUUCAGUAAAUGGGAUUCUUUCAAGAUCUAAAGUGGUGAUCACAAACAACAGCAUUCACUUGUUUUCAAUGGAAGGGACUGCAGAGUUCAGUAGACCUGUGCCCAAAUAUUUAGUUGGAAUUGAUGCCUCUGGAGCCGAGGGAGCAGCAGUGGCACCAAUGACUGGAACUAUUGAAAAGGUACUUGUUAAAGAAGGUGACCAUGUGCAAGCUGGAGAUCCGUUAAUGGUAAUGAUAGCCAUGAAAAUGGAGCAUACAAUAAAAGCACCAAAGGCUGGCGUGAUUGAGAAAAUCCUGUACAAAGAAGGCUCUCAAGCUAACCGACAUGCCCCACUGGUGGAAGCUCAGGCAGCACCAAUGAGAGGUUGAAUAUGUCCUUGAACCCUCCUAGCCAGUUGGUCAGCAUAGGUUUUCAGUGCCUGGCCAGGUAGACCAUCAGGGCCUGACACCUUGAGAGAAUUCACCCUCCUGAAAGAUGUCCUGACAUUGGCCUCUGAGAUGGAGAUCAUAGGGUCACCGACUGUUGUUAAGAGCACCAAACUUCUUGAUGUUCACCUGACGGAGAAUCUCACCUGGUCCCUCAACACCAGCUUCAUAGCAAAGAAAGGCCAGCAGCGUCUCUACUUUCUGCGAAGGCUGGGGAAAGUCCAUCUCCCACCCCCGCAUCCUCAUCACAUUCUAUAGGGGUUGUAUUGAGAGCAUCCUGAGUGGCUGCAUCACUGCCUGGUUCAGAAAUUGCAUCAUCUUGGAUCGCAAGACCCUGCAGCAGAUAGUGAGGUCAGCUAAGAAGAUCAUCGGGGUCUCUCUUCCCACCAUCACGGACAUUUACACUACACGCUGCAUCCGCAAAGGAGACAGCAUUAUGAAGGACCCCACGCACCCCUCAUACAAACUCUUCUCCCUCCUGCCAUCUGGGAUAAGGCACCAAAGCAUUCGGGCUCUCACGACCAGACUAUGUAACAGUUUCUUCCCCCAAACUAUCAGACUCCUCAAUUCCCAGAGCCUGGACUGACACCUUACUGCCUUAUUGUCCUGUUUAUUAUUUAUUGUAAUGCCUGCGCUGUUUUGUUCACUUUAUGCAGUCCUGGGUAGGUCUGUAGUCUAGCGUAGUUGUUUUUUUUCUCUCUGUGUUGUUUUUUACAUAGUUCAGUCUAGUUUUUGUACUGUGUCAUUUAACACCAUGGUCCUGAAAAAUGUUGUUUCAUUCUUAUUAUGUACUGUACACAGCAAUUAUGGUUGAAAUGACAAUAAAAGUGACGACUUGACAGUGGGGAUUUACACAGAUAUAGUGCUAUCCUCCCUUUCAAUGCGUGCAUGAGACACAUUGUGCUUAUCGAGGAGUGAAGCAUCACUGUCUGUUUUGCUGGUGUUUCACCAAGUAGGAAGUAAUAGCACACAUACCCUGCCACAGCUGCCGUGCAUCCCAUUGUCUCUCUAAUUUAGUCUUUCGGAAGACUAAGCCUGCACUGCUCCCUAUUCCUCUUGAUAGUGAGGACGUGGAUGUGGUGAAGACCCACAAGUACCUGGGGGUGCACCUGGAUGAGAGGAGCACCAAUAAGAAGGCCCAGAGCUCCCUCUAACUCCUGGGGAGACUGAGGUCCUUUGGAGUAUGCAGUCAUCUCCUUCACAUGUUCUACCUGUCUGUUGUUGUCAGUACAAUCUUCUAUCCGGUUAGGUGUUGGGACAGUACCAGCAACCCUGGAGAUGCCAAUAGGCCCAAUAAACUGAUUAGAAAGCCUGGCACUGUUAUAGGAGUCAAACUGGUCACACUGGAGGCUGUGGUAGAACAAAGGCAAUCCGGAAAAUCCUGGCAAUUCUGUUUCUCACCCUCUGCAAGCCACCUUGGCUGAACACUUUUGGUAAUGGACUAAGACAACUGCACUGCUCUGAAGAGCACUGAAUGAUGUUGUUCUUACCCCUGAGCCAUUAGGCUCUGUAAUGAGUCAACCUAUACCCCCCCCCCCCCAAUAGACUGUUUGUGGUAACUAAUUUUUAUUCUUUCUACUUUCCUUUGAAUAUUUAUAUCCCUACACUUGUAAUGCUACUGUGACACUGUAAUUUCCUUUGAAAUCAAUAAAGCAUCUAUCUAUCUAA